CGGAGAAUGUAGAAACUCCCAGAAUGUCUCUUGAACGGCUCUUGAUAAUAUGGGGAGGGAACCUGGAAGCCAGUUUGACAUUUUGCAACGCUUCAAAGUAGCGACAGGAAGUGAGUAACCGGAAGUAGAUCGUGGAGGGCCAUUCAAAGCGGGAUACACCAGUAUGGCUUCCUAGAACCCCUGGAAGAAGGCGCUGGCGGCAAAACUUUUCAUCGCGGGAGCAUGGCGUUCCCCGAACCCAAACCGCGGCCCCCAGAGCUGCCCCGGAAGCGGCUGCGGACGCUGGAGUGCGGCCAGGGCGCGGUGCGGGCCGUGCGGUUCAAUGCGGACGGCAACUACUGCCUGACCUGCGGCGGCGACAAGACCCUGAAGCUCUGGAACCCGCUGCGGGGGACUCUGCUGCGGACGUACAGCGGCCACGGCUACGAGGUGCUGGACGCAGCCGGCUCCUUCGACAACAGCAGCCUCUGCUCGGGCGGCGGGGACAAGGCGGUGGUGCUCUGGGACGUGGCCUCCGGGCAGGUCGUGCGCAAAUUUCGGGGUCACGCGGGGAAGGUGAACACAGUGCAGUUUAAUGAAGAGGCCACAGUCAUCCUGUCUGGCUCCAUCGAUUCAACCAUACGCUGUUGGGACUCUCGCUCCCGCCGGCCGGAGCCCGUGCAGACGCUGGAUGAGGCCAAGGACGGCGUGUCCAGCGUGAAGGUGUCGGACCAUGAGGUCCUGGCCGGCUCUGUGGACGGCCGAGUGCGGCGUUAUGACCUGCGGAUGGGCCAGCUCUUCUCCGACUAUGUGGGCAGCCCGAUCACGUGUGCCUGCUUCAGUCGGGAUGGGCAGUGCGUCCUGGCGGCCAGUCUGGACUCCACACUGCGCUUGCUGGACAAGGAGACUGGCGAGCUGCUGGGCGAGUACACGGGCCACAGGAACCAGCAGUACAAGCUGGACUGUUGCCUGAGCGAGCGGGACACGCACGUGGUCAGCGGCUCCGAGGACGGGAAAGUGUUCUUCUGGGACCUGGUGGAGGGUGCCCUGGUGCUAGCCCUGCCCGUGGGCCCCGGCGUAGUGCAAUCCCUGGCCUUCCACCCCUCGGAGCCCUGUCUGCUGACGGCCACGGGCAGCAGUGUCCACUGCUGGCGGGAGGAAGCCUACGAGGCCGAGAGCGGUGCUGGCUGA